ACAAGAAGAAUAUGAGGCUCACAAUUUAUUGUGAAACUCAACAGUACAUAUCUUAGAUUCAUGGAAUCUAUACACCUCCUCAAAGUCAUACUAUUCAGAUUCAACGUGCAACUUGUGAAACGGAAUUUUUUCAAUUUCUUGAAAUGUUUUCCUUCCUCCCUGCAUUGCAAUUCUGCUGACCAAGAAAACGAGACUUUUGCUUUUGGGUGGCAGUGUGUUUGUGUUAAUCGCUAGCCCACCUUUGAGGAUGACGGGAGCUCUGUCAGUGUUAGGUGCAAUUGGAGAUCGUCAUGAAGUAUACAGGAGUAAUUUUAUCACAGAGGCUAGAUUGUAUACAUUUGGAUUUGGAAAAAGACAGCAGAAUAAAGGGAAAUCACAGAGUGUGCUUUUGGGUAGCUGGAAUAUGAGUGAAAGGGUGUUCAGAGGCACAUGUUCAUGGAGGCAUAAAAAACGUCACUCUCUGGUGGUGGUAGACGAGUUUGCAGGGCAGUACGAAGAAAAUUUUGCAGAUGUUGGGAAGCAUCUUCUUGAUUAUUUCACAUUCAAAGCAGUCAAGACUGUUCUUACACAACUGUACGAGAUGAAUCCCACUGAGUACAGGUGGUUCUACAACUAUGUGGCAAACAACAAACCCAGUGAUGGAAAACGUUUCCUUCGUCUUCUUGUAAAGGAAAGGCAAGAACUAGGAGAAAGAGUAAUGAUAACCCGACUUCAUCUGUUCAAUAAAUGGGCCAAGGGAUACAAUCAUGUGGACAUGCACAAGGCAAUCACUGACCAGAACUUGGAGCUGAUGCGAGAACGACUAGUACAAACAAUCAGAUGGCCUUCUGACAGUGAGAAUGAUGGUGAAAAUAAUGGAUGACAGGUUUGCUUGAUCACCUCUAUUGCAGUUGAACAUUAAAAAAUGGAGCAAUCGCUAUAUUCAUUAAGUAUUAAGCUGCAGUAUCUAUGUAAAGAAGUUCCUCUCCUUGGAGGCACUAUACAAAAAUCGAAAAAAGUACUUGCUAGGUACAGCUAAUUCUCAGAAGCUUGACAUAAAGUAUCAUGAUAUUCUUUUGUACUGCAUCCAUUGUUUUGGGUGUUGCACACAAUCGAUUCCAAAUCAUAAUUACAUGAAGGCUCCUACAAAAUGUCAUGUUAAAAAUUUAGUAUUUAUCAAGGCGGUUGGAAUUUAGAGUGCCUUCAAAAAUCAGUUGUAUUACCAUUUAAAAAAAAAAUUAUAUCAAUAUUAGCAUGUUCAUCACCAAUUUUCAUUCA